AUGGUCAGAGUGUCCACGGCUGUUUGGGUAAUGGGUUAAGUCUGAUCGUCCCGAUAUUCUUUCUUACGGCCAACACCAGAGGAAGGAGCAGCUGCAAUGAAACUGCCGGAGCUCGCCGUCUGAAGUACAUGCAAGUGCCGUAGGCUAGUGGGCAGGGGGAACAAGACGACUGCGUUUAGGCCUUCAGCAACCGUGUCUUUUGUAGCCUCUCAAAAAUAACCAGCGCCAUCGUGGUUGCUCGUUGGAGCACCCAAAGUUUCCAAAGCCGUAGCUGGCGCCUUCUCUUUCACUCACUUACUGGUUAUUUGAGGUGCGCUGCAGACUUUGGAGUUCACUUGUCGGUGAAUUAUGGUACUGUGAGGCCUAGUCCGACGCACCGAGGAGGACAAGGAGGAAGAUGCUUAAUAGGUUGGGUAGGCGUUACUUUUGCACUGCUGCUCCAUACCCGUGGCUAUUUGUGGGUUUGGGCAAUCCCGGCGAUAAGUACAAAGGAACUAGGCACAAUGUGGGGUUUGAGAUGAUUGAUGUUUUUGCUAAUUCUCAGGGAAUUGAAAUGAGCACGGUGCAUUGCAAAGCUAUCUUUGGGCAAGGUUUCGUGGGUGAAGUUCCCGUUUUUCUCGCAAAGCCUCAAACUUACAUGAAUUUGAGUGGUGAAUCUACAGGACCACUUGCUGCUUAUUAUAAGCUACCUCUCAAUCGUGUGCUAGUGUUCCACGAUGACAUGAACUUACCAUGUGGGGUACUUCGUCUUCACCCAAAUGGAGGUCAUGGAUGCCACAAUGGGGUGAAGAGUGUAAUGUAUCACUUUCGUGGGAACAGAGAAUUUCCUCGGCUAAGAAUCGGUAUCGGAAGGCCUCCUGGUCAAAUGGAUCCCAAAGCAUUCUUGCUCCAGAAAUUUAAUGCAAUGGCUCAAGGACGAAUUGAUGCUGCUUUACAAGAGGGAGUUGAUAUAUUGAAGGUGCUGUUAUCUAAAGGCUGGGCAGAGAGUACGAGACGCUUCAACUCAGAGCAAAAAUACAAGCAUAUGAGAUUAGAGACUACAAUUGUAACAUGAAUUUGUAAAUGAGUAUAUAUAUGAUUUGAUUUUUAGGACCAGU